UCUGAUUGGUGAGCGUCAGUUCCGCCCCCCGGUCGCCAUGUAUCGCUCCGUUCGGAACCUGGAGCGCUUCAACGCGAAUCUGUGGAAGCUCUGGGCCGUUCAGAGAUCCAUCACCGCCCGGACCAUCAGCCCAGCGGCUGGCGUGCUGCACAACCAGCACAGAAUGGCCAGUUCAGAGUCGUACCGGAUCGAGAGAGACACAUUUGGGGAACUCAAAGUUCCUUCUGAUAAAUAUUAUGGAGCUCAAACUGUCAGAUCCACCAUGAACUUCAAGAUCGGAGGAGUGACAGAGAGAAUGCCAGUUCAGGUGAUAAAAGCCUUUGGUAUCCUGAAGAAAGCUGCUGCAGAAGUGAAUAAAGAUUACGGUUUGGACCCAAAGGUCGCUGACGCCAUCGUGAAAGCUGCAGAUGAGGUGGCUGCUGGGAAACUGGACGAUCAUUUUCCACUGGUGGUUUGGCAAACGGGAUCCGGAACUCAAACCAACAUGAACGUGAAUGAAGUGAUCAGCAACAGAGCCAUCGAGAUACUGGGAGGAAAACUAGGCAGCAAAGACCCCGUUCACCCCAAUGACCACGUCAACAAGAGCCAGAGUUCCAAUGACACGUUCCCUACCGCCAUGCACAUCGCUGCAGCUACAGAAGUUCACGAGGUUCUUCUUCCGGGUCUUCAGACGCUGCACGAUGCACUCGCUGCUAAAGCUGAAGAGUUCAAAGACAUCAUUAAGAUCGGCCGCACACACACACAGGACGCUGUGCCGCUCUCGCUCGGACAGGAGUUUGGUGGUUAUGUUCAGCAGGUGAAAUACAGUAUUGCGAGGGUGAAAGCUGCGAUGCCACGUGUGUAUGAACUGGCAGCAGGUGGCACGGCAGUGGGCACUGGACUGAACACACGCAUUGGAUUCGCUGAGAAAGUGGCUGAUAAAGUAUCGGCACUCACAGGUCUGCCGUUCGUGACUGCACCCAAUAAGUUUGAGGCUCUGGCGGCCCAUGAUGCUCUGGUGGAGUUGAGCGGCGCUCUGAACACUGUCGCUGUGAGCAUGAUGAAGAUCGCCAACGACAUCCGCUUCCUUGGAUCUGGACCUCGAUCCGGUCUCGGUGAGCUGAUCCUGCCUGAGAACGAACCUGGAUCCAGUAUCAUGCCAGGUAAGGUGAACCCCACGCAGUGUGAGGCCAUAACUAUGGUGGCUGCUCAGGUGAUGGGGAAUCAUGUGGCCGUGACUGUCGGAGGAAGUAAUGGACACUUUGAACUCAAUGUUUUCAAGCCAAUGAUUAUUAAGAAUGUUUUGAACUCUGCCCGGCUGCUGGGCGACGCGUCCGUGUCGUUCUCUAAUAACUGUGUUGUUGGAAUUGAAGCGAACAUUGAGAGAAUCAACAAACUGAUGAAUGAAUCGCUGAUGUUGGUCACCGCGCUGAAUCCUCAUAUAGGUUAUGAUAAGGCCGCCACUAUUGCAAAGACAGCGCAUAAAGAGGGCUCGACUCUUAAAGCGACAGCUAUCAAGCUGGGUUUCCUGACAGAGGAGCAGUUUGAGCAGUGGGUACGACCGCAGGACAUGCUGGGACCCAAAUAGACUGUAAACACACCACAGUACUCCUGGCUUUCUACAAUAAAACACACAUUUGUGUCCAUGAUAAAUUCACUCAAUGUCUGAAGUGUGAGCAGCCCAAAAAUGUUGAAGCUGUCAGUUGUCAUCCGUCUUCACUGAGCUGUUUCAAUGAUUGAUCCAGAGAAAAGUUCCUUUUGAAAGUGCUGAACAUAGUUCAACAGUAUUGGACUCCUAAAUUGGACAUUAAAAUUUUACAGUGUUUUGACUGUGACAUGAAGAAUCAAUCAUAAAUAACAUCUGCUAUCAAUAACA